CGAACCAGAGAUCAUUUACAUUUGUCCUAAAUCGACCAGCAAUCAAGCAACGGACGAGAAACGAAAAUAGUACUCAGGAGAGGGGAGUAAGAGAGACGGUGCAAAAGUCUCAAACAAGUCUGCCAUUUUCACAUUCCGGCAAUCUCCACAAGCGUUUGCUCUAUUUCAAUUUCAAUCGGUUAAAAGUCUAUUCUUUUUUGUUUGUCUGUGUUCAUUCCAGAGCUUCAUUGCCUUUGUGUGUUUGUUUGUUCUGUAAAUUUUAGAAGAAUAAGUUUCAGUUCUGUCUGCUGGAACGGCGAAUUUUUAAGGGGUUUGUGAAUUUGGAGUGAUGAGUGGUGUGAAUUUGGAGUGAUUCAGUUUCUUCCUACCCUAAAUCUACUCAUCAUCCUGUUACUCUCCACCACCUGCUCAGGUUCAUCAGCAUCGCCAAGUUUGAGAAAUCAGCAGGUGACUUUAGUGGAAAAGGUUAACACUGGAAGCUAUAUAGGGAUACAAAAAUUGAUAGGGAGAGUGAGAACUAUAAUGACACAAAGGCUGAGACUAAGGAUGGGAAUGCUCACUUGGCUUGGAAAGAGUAGAAGGAUUAACAUAGAGGGAAGAGAGGUGAAGGUUUCAAACGCAAAUGUGGAUCUGUGUGUUGCAUCCCGUGAUAAGGAUAGAAAUGACUGCAGAGGAUCAAUGUUUGCUUAUAGUGUCAUGAGCGAACCAAAAGAGACUGGAAGAGAAGAAAAAUAAACCGAUAGGUGGGAAACGAGAGAGAGGGUGGAGCAGAACGAUGGAGAAAGAAAUAAGGAGAAGAAAAAAGAUCAUAUUAAAAAGAGAGCCAGAGACUGGUGCUGAAGAGGUCUCACAGAACGAGAAAGAGCUCGGGUGAAGCAUCUGCCAAACCUGCACAAGAGGAAUAUGUGACAGCCAACAAACCACGACCGUGUCCGUUCACGGAGUCAGGACAACUACGAAGGUUGCGUGCGUCUCUUUGUCUUACGCAUUUAUAUUAGCCUCUGUCUAAUUAGUAUUAGCCUCUCAUAUCUUAGCUUAAUCCUAUACAUUUUUUUUACCUUUUGGAGAGAGUAGAGACGCCAGGAUUGGUUGAAAUUUGAACAUAUUUAGUAAAAUCUGCAGGCGAUAUUUUGAUUAUUGUUGAGAAUAUCUCAUUACCAUUAUUGUUUUCUUUUCUUUUAAAAAGCCUGUAAAGAAAAUUUUGCACCUUGUAAACCUAAAUUUGCCGUCUCUUUCGAUAUUCUUCCCUGCCGCCUCCCUUACUUUCUGUGUUAAGAAGAUUAAUUCUCCUUCGUUUCUUUUACCAUGGUACAAGGCGAAUCAGAGGUUCCGGUUGUUGUUUACAACGUUGGGGAAUGUAUGCAAGAACUGAUUAAGUUGUGGAAGGAAUAUGAAUCUUCUAAGCCUGACAAAAGUGGUGAUUUCGCAAGUAAUGGCCCCAUUCUUGAAGUUCGGAUUCCAGCUGAGCAUGUUACUGCUACUAACCGCCGAGUAAGAGGUGGCCAGCUAUGGGGAACAGAUAUAUACACAGAUGAUUCCGAUCUUGUUGCUGUUCUCAUGCAUACAGGUUAUUGUCGUCCUACAGCUUCCCCUCCUCCUCCGACAUUGCAAGAGUUGCGUGCUACCAUUAGAGUCUUGCCGUCACAAGAUUACUAUACCUCCAAGCUAAGGAUCAAUGUCCGCUCUCGAUCAUGGGGAGCUGGAAUCGGAUGCAGUUACAAAGUUGAGCGGUGCUAUAUACUUAAGAAAGGAGGUGGAACUAUAGAACUGGAACCCUCUCUUACACACUCCUCAGAGCCAACACUUGCACCAAUGGCUGUUGAUAAGUCUAUGACCACCAGAGCUGCAGCUUCGAAUGCUCAGCGGCAACAAAGGCUUGUUCGAGAAGUAACAAUACAAUACAACCUCUGCAAUGAACCUUGGAUCAAAUAUAGCAUAAGCGUUGUGGCCGAUAAGGGUCUGAAAAAGCCUCUUUUCACCUCUGCUCGCUUGAAGAAAGGAGAAGUUUUGUACCUUGAAACACAUUCAUCCAGGUAUGAGCUCUGUUUCGCUGGAGAGAAGACUAUGAAAGCAUUCCAAGCCUCCCAACAACAACAACAACACUCAUCAUCCGAAGAAGCUAAGGAGAUGGAUAACAAUAACAACUCUGUCAUGUUUUCCUUAAACGUUUUCCGUUGGUUACGAUGGAGGAAACCCGAUAUCCCUCAUGUGACAACAGACGGUGAAAAAACAGAUACAGAUUCAGACAACAGUGUAAUUGAUGUUUUCCGUUGGUCACGAUGUAAGAAACCUCUCCCUCAGAAGCUUAUGCGGGAUAUCGGGUUUCCACUCCCACCAGAUCACGUCGAGGUGUUGGAGGAGAAUCUGGAUUGGGAAGAUGUACAAUGGUCACAGACUGGUGUUUGGAUUGCUGGGAAAGAGUACACACUUGCUCGUGUUCAUUUCUUGGCUCCCAGCUGAAGAGAAAAUAAAAAGCUUUUCAUGUCUUUAUCUGAUCUAUUGUUAGAGAUUAUAGUUUAUUUUGAGUCUCUUCUUGUGUUCUUGUUCUUUUCUUUUGUAAACUUUAUUCAAAUUAAAUAAUUUAAUUGCUAAUUAGUAAAAGAUUAUAGAUAAUCAA